CAAAAAAAUAACCCCUCUCGAUCCCGAAUAAUCGCGAAAGCUCGGGCUGCGAACGGUGCCAACCCCGAGAGAGCGACCCCAGACUUUACGGGGGGUGCCAUUGACGAGCAAAAGCUUGAAUUUUCCUCCAGAAACGGCUACCGACGAAGGGCCAGCAGCUGCAGCGGGACAAGGGAAGGAAAAAGGCCCGCCGCGUGCGCCCAUUCUCAGCACCAGCGACAGUAGCGUCCCGGACCGGGGGGCUGAAGUGUAAGGAAGUGGCCCGGAGUGAACUGAUCGGAAGAUCGUAGGAAGGAAGGGCAAACAGACAGGCAGACGCACAUACACGUACACGCACACACGUACACGCUGGGAGAGUGGUAAGGAAAAAUUGGGCGAAAAGCCGACCGGGCCCAAGCGAUCUGUACACAGGAGGGUCUUUGUGAGGGGGAGGAAGGGGGGGGGGGGUUGCCACCCUUCCGUCGCCACAUAGUCAUCACGGGGAUCGGGAGUGACAACACCAGACGUUGUGUUUUUCUUUCUGAACGCGUAGCAGUGGCAAACCAUUCACUUCACGUGUGUGUGUGUGUGGGUAAGUGUGACUGUGGUUGGGUGUGUGUGCGGCAACAAUGAACUAGUGGAAUCGGGCAAAAGAAGCGAGAGAGAGAGAAGCAAAAAGUGCCGCAACGUCAAAACCACCUGCUUUUCCCCAAAACCCCCUAACCCUAUCCACCCAACCCUCGCCCUAGCGGUUUGGGUGGCCGCUGGACUGGGUCGUCGGCUGCCAACGCAGUGCUGUGUCUGUGUGCGUGGAGCUGAAUGGAGCUCCCAAACGACAAACCGAGUCAAGGAUUUUCCAGCGUUCAGCGUUUUCCGCCACGAGCAAACCAUCCCAAAAACCAGCUGUCUCUACGAUUCGGAGGCGUUCCUGCAGCCUUUUUUCGUCUUUGGUGUGAGGCCAAACGAUCACCGUGAGGGACGGAAAAAGAAACGGCGAAGCCCAGACGCAGCAUAGGCUGAUGUGGAAAAGCGGAAAUUUGCCACCAACGUGAUAAAAAAACGAAACGGCCUAAAAAAGAAAAAGCCCAACAUCAUCUAUUUCACAGUAACGCACACAUACUCGCCAAAGAAGAAACACAACAAAAAAGAGCACACAUCAGAAAGAAAAACAGUUUCAGCAGUGUGUGUGUGUGUGUGAGGGGGCUGAAAAGGCCCCAAAGAUAAUUGGACAUGGCCAACAGUGCGAACCACUGGACCGUGUAGUGCACAGCAGUUUGUGAUUGUGUGAUAGUGUGUGUUGUGUGUGUUGGUAGUGGUUGUUUUUGUUAGUGCAACAGCAGCAGAGGCAGCGAGCGGUACGCGGGGAACAAUCAAGGUGACAAAAAUUCGCAAUCAAACACUCGCAGCCCCUGGGCGGCGAGUUAACCAAACUCGGUCCCACUCCAAUCAUCCAGCGGGGCUGGCAGGCGUGCGCAGGGCGGUGCUACCUUAACGAUGCGGUCCGCCGGACUCCGACGUCUCGCCAGUUGCCGGGUGAACCGUCCGCAACAUGCCCGUACCGGCCACUAGGGGCCCCGCGUCGGUACCACCAUGUCCGAUAACGAGCACGAAGGGGCGGCCGCGCCCCUGGAGCCAGCGCUCGACUCCGUCCCCUACGCGACGGUUCCGCUCGUACCGCCGGUCGAUUCUUCCAUCGCGACUAUCGUGCUGUCGGGCCGCCUGGAAGGCACUCUGGACGCGACAGCGGUGGUCGGGACGCCGCCGCCGACGACGGUGGCGGCCGAGUCGCUGGGAGCGUUUGUGCAGCCCCUGCCCGCCUCGACGCCGCACCGGUUGCAGCUGUUCCGCUAUCCGAACGCGUUCGCACGGCCGCCGCACCAGCAGCCCCACCACCAGCAUCAUCAUCCUCAGCACCAUCACCACCACCUGCCCGCCACAAUCAACAAGCACGAGCCGAAACGGGCCUGCACAUCGCUGCCGCUUUACCUCAGCAAGAGUGACCUGUGCUCACUUGUUCCGCGACCUGGUAUGGAGUAUGUGCCAUUGAGGACUCCAGCUGCCGAGACGUACCACUAUCAUCACGUCACCGAUCAAACAAAGUCACUACAGGAUUUGCAGAAUGAAGUCGCCGCUCUACUGGAGUUCCGUGAUCUGGUUAUUGAAACCUUUCCCGAUCUUAAAUCGAAGAUGGCUUCCUCAGCGGCGAACAGUACCCUUACCGGUCUACCAUCGACCUCAUCCCUGGGGAGUCGACGUGAGUGGGAGCCGGGAAUACGGAUCCGGCGCAAACUAACGCCGAAGGAGGUGAGCUGCACGGAUGUCGGUGGCACGGGCGGCAGCAGCAGUAGUAUAGGCGGGAGCGGUGCCAACACCAGUACCGCGAUCAUUCCGGGCACUGUGGGCGAUGGGGGCGGUCCGUCGGCGGGCAGCGCUAGUGCUACCGGCCCGGCUACGGCCACCACCGGAGCCGGUGCAACGAACGUGUCCGACCUGGGCCAUCAUCAUCACCACCACCAGCAUCAACAGCAGCAGCAGCAGCAGCAACAGCAGCAGCAACAGCAGCAGCAGCAACAUUCGUCGUCCUCGCUGAUUCGCAGCCGAAGCAACUCCCAUAGCGGUAAGAAGGAACCAAAGAGCGGUGAAGGCAACAACGGCAGUGUGAUACAGGAUUCGGGCUUCUCGAACGAGACGUCCUCCUCGAAGGAGACGCACAGUGCGGCCUCCUCGACGAGCGGUGCCGUGCAGGGAACGCUCAUCCUGCCCACGGCAACCAACCGGCUGGCGGCGGAAACUGGCGGCGAGCUGUGGAAUCUGCUCGAUGUGAUACAUAGGAAGAGCAGCCGGCUCCGGGAGGAGGUCGAGCUGCGCCUGGAGCGGGAGCGACCUAGGGGAACAACCAAUUUAGCUAUUAGUAAUCAUCAUGCAACGGCGCUGCAUCACCACCGCCACCAUCAUCAACUUCAUCACCAUCUGGCGCAGGGGGGUAGCGUCGCUGGCGCCGCCGCCGCCGCCGCCACUGCUGUGGUGGGUGGUCCGGAUGACAACAACAUCAUCAUACACCACAGCAAUCCGGCCGCUGGUGCGUCGAGUGGGACGACGCUGGUGCCGGUAACGUCGUCCAGCAGCAGCAGUAGCAGCAGCAGCAGUGUCACCGCGACGACGGUGGUGGUAUCGCCCGGUGGUGCACCGGCCACCACCACCACCAGCACCGUCGCUGGCAAAAGCUUCCACCAUCAGCACCAGCCGGACGGUACCGAUCACGAUGUACAAAUACUGCGCAAGGAGCGCGACCGUCUGCUGGACAAGCUGUCCGAGUACGAGGCGGAAAAGCUGGCCGGCUGCAUCCAGAUGGCCAAGAUGCAGGCCGAGCUGGACAAGCUGACGGUGGCGCGCGACCCGCACCACCAGCAACUGGCGGUGGUGGCCAACAGUCAGAAGCAAGAGCUGAGCAGCAAACUACAUGAUCUCCAUCUGCAAACUGUAAAUAGAAGUGCGUCUAGUUCACCCGAGACUAUUAAACAGCCGGCGACCGUAUCGCAACAGCAGCAAACGUCACCGCAGCUACUUAAGACGAUGGCGCGGUACCGCAAGCCGUCGGACGAGCCGGCGGACCCGCUGACGGGCGGUGACCCGGUGCUGCCGGGCGACGACCACCACCUCGGCACGGAGGUGGACACGCGUGCGGUCGGCUGGCUGGACGGGUUUCUCGGGCUGCCGUGGGUGCCGCGGGUCCGCUCGCUCGACUCGAAGAAGAUCGCCGCCAUCCUGCUCGAGACGAAUGUGGUUGGGCUGCAGCGGCAUCUGCUGACGAUGACCGUACAGAAUCAGAUAUUACAGCAACGGUUGGAUCAGGCGACCCGGUCGCGCAUUACCCUAAAGGAGCGGCUCGAAAAGUCGAAGGAAGACGUAGACGAUCUACGGUUUCAGCUGAAGGAGAAAUCGAUCGAACUCGAAGGUACCAAGGCGCAGCUGCGUGUGAUCGAGUCGAAGUCGACGAGCAAAUCGGUGCCGUCGUCAACGGUCGGCAGCCCGGAGCGGACCGCCGCCUCCGUGUCGUCGUCCUCGCCGCCACCGCCCACCUCGCCGAUGCUGUCCGCGUCGCACACGCACCCGCAGCUUCAUCAUCACCACCCGCACCACCACCACCACCAUCACCAUCAUCCCCACAUGCUGCUGGGGCUGCGGGGCGAGAGCGGGCCGCGCCUGCUGCAAUCGUCCUCCCAGGUGUCGACGCCCUCCAUGAAGGCGAUGACGCCGGUCGCGAUGGAUGACAUCGUUGGGCAGCAGCAGCAGCACAACAGCAGCACCGAGUCGACCCAGGAUCAGCCCGACCGGGACGGCAGCAUAGGGGCGGCGGGUGGUCGCCUCUUGCUACAUCAAACUCCUCCCCAGCAGCAGCAGCUGCAGCAGCAGCAGCAACCACCGGAGACGCCCCGUCGCCGACCGUCAAAGAUACCGCUGCCCGGGACGAAGGGUUCGGCCGCACCGAAACCCCCGACCGGGCGCAACUUUUCCGCCACACCUACCCCGACCACGCCGACCGCACCGGUCCAGCGUCCGCUCGGCGGUGGCUCGUCCGGACCGCCGUCGAACCGUAGCCUCACCAAGAGCACCGGCAGCCUGUACGUAAAGUCAACCGACACGGCCAGCUCGUUCGGCCAGCAGCAGCAGCAGCAGCAUCAGCACCAUCACCAUCACCAGCAGCAGCAACCGCCGCAACCGAUGGCCCGGACGCGCGACACGACCAGCACGAGCAGCGGCAGCCUGUACCGGGCCGACUCGGCGCUCAGCUGGCGCACCAGCAAGGACACGCCGUCGCUGGAGAAGUCGCGCUCCUCCUCGAUACCGGUGUCGGCCGCUGGCAGCAAGGGCAGCAGCAGCACCAGCGGCUCAGCGCCACCGUCCUCGCCCGCCGCCAGCACGCGCACGUCGAUGGGGAUGCCGCCGCCGCCGCCGGUCCCGCCGUACGGGAUCGUGUGCUCCUCGCCGCAGCCGCGCGCCAAGCGCGACAAUCUCACCAGCAAGGUGAAGAACUGUGAUUCGCUGUCCCGGUUGCAGUCGGCCCAGGUGUCCACGUACGGGGUGCUCGCGACCGGCAGCAGCAGCAGCACCGGCGGGCAGCAGCUGAGCAAGUCCGGCUCCCGCAAGGAGCUUGGUGCCGCCAGCCCGGGCAGCGGGCCCCCCGAGCGCAAGGGAAGCACGGCGGGCGGUGGUGUCGGCGGUGGCAGCACCGUCCUGCGCCACGCCUCGACCGCCUCGAUCGGGUCGACCGGCCAGUCGGACGAUUCGGCCUCGGUAACGGCGUCCACCAGCACCACCACUACCACCACCACCAGCAGCAGCAACGUGAAGGCGCGAAGAAACAACACAUUCCGUUUGGUGAAACCGACACUAACGCCGCUAGCAGUACCGGAUCAUACAACCCCCGCCAUUAUCACCACCACCUCCACCACCACCAGCAGCAGCAGCAGCAGCAGCAGUGUGGGUAUCCGUUCGCCUCCACCGCCCCUGCCGGGGAUUGCCCGCUCGCCGGACAUGUACGCGUCCUCGCUGCGGGCCAUCGGGCGGGUACGAUCGCGCACGGCCACCGGCAGCGCGACCACCGCCCCGAAGACACCGACCACGCCCACCGCCAACGCCCCCGCCGCCACGGUACGGGCCGCCUGCUCGACCUCGGCCCUGUCGGAGCCGCGCCGGGACCUGAUCGGCGAGUACCUGGCGGCCAAGAACCGCCAGUCGGCCAUACCGCCGCCCAUCUUCCACGUCCGCCCGCUCGUACUGCAGGGCGAGCAGCGGCCGCAGCAGCAGCAGCAGCAGCAGCGCCAGAUCGACGAGCUGGCGUACAAGCAUCCCCUCCUGCUGAUGGACACCUCGGACGAGGAGGACGAGCAGGAGCAGAAUGCGGGACAGGAGUCGCUGAUAGUGCCAAGCCCGAAGCUGGUCGCGUUUCAGUCGCCCGGCAGACAGGGCGAGACGGGACCGGACGGUUGCCGGCUGGUGGGCAGGGUGAACCCGAACAUACUGAAAACCUGGGAGCAGCUGGUGGCGGGCGGCAUCGGUAGCAGUGCCGCCUGUGCGCACCAGCAGCAGCGGGAGGAAGCGUCACCACGGUGCCACCCGCCCGCCCCACAGCACACCGGCGGCGGCGAGCAGUGUCUCGUGCUCAGCAGCGGCGGCUCGGACGAGGCGGCCAGCGAGCCGGACGAGCGCCAGAGCUGCCUGCUGUACUGUCCCCAGCGGCCACCGCACGGCGAGGAGGAGCUGGUCGAGUUUAAGGUGAACCGGUUGCGGCACGCCGGGCAGGAUGAUGGGACGGACGGUGGCCGCGGCGAGGGUGCGCCCCUGUCCGUGACGACCACCGCGACGACCGCCCGCAACUCGUCCGACGGUGGGGUCGACUUCUACGACAGCAUCGACGCGGUCAGCACGUGCGUCCGGCCGGGCACGAACACCGCCCCGCGGGACGAACCGCCGGUCGGCAGCUACGAGCAGGAGGAGGAGGAGGAGGCGAUCGAUGCGGGCGAAGCGCUCGCCGAGCUAACCUCACUCGACCGCAAGCGGCUGCUCUGGUCGAUCGCGAUCGAGUAGAAAGGGUGCGGUUUGCGGAGCUUUCGGCGUCGCGUCGUGUAAAUCAGUAUUGUAUCUCUGUAUCUCCCUCCCCCUCUCUCUCUGUUGUCACUCGGGUUUGCGCAGAGAGCGCACAAGCACACAAACACAUGCUUUCCUAUGCUACUUAGUUUCCUAAGUUGAGCGGUUGGCGUCCUGGGCUUUCGUGCUGCUUUGCGCACGAUCUAGUCAGCGCUGACACACACACGCGCGCGCGGAAAAAACAAACUCACUCACACCUUCACCGCGCUGUGUACACGAAACGAGGCAAAGCGGAGGACAUUGUGCCCCAAGCCGGAGAGCAGACGACGAACCCUUCAAACGCGUGGCAGCAAAACAAAGAAAAAACGGGGCCUCGCCUACCGACAGACAAUCAAAAAUACAUUCCACCAGGAAACAGAAGGUCGGGGGUCGGGGCGGGGUGGUAAAAUGGGGCACUUUUCCGCUGGUCACUUUUGCUGUGUUGAUCGUUGCAUAAUUCAGAAAAGCACGUGUGGUUUGCACUCUUUGGGUAGAGCAGCUUCUAAUUUCGAUUUUUUAAAAAAAGCUAGCAAACACACACACACACACAUGGUUGUCCUUCCACAGAAUAUGAUGGCGGUUUUUAAUACGCCUUCGAUGACGUCACAUUCCAAGGGACGCAAAGCUCGGCUCACUUCAUCUCACAAUAUGUGCAUCAGGGUUCGGUCUUGUUUUUUUUUGCUAUCCUGAAAAAAUGGAGACAAUAUACACAGCGUCAGCUACAACCCUAAGCAGCAGUUAACGGUCCCAAAUUUGGGGGAACACACACACACACAUACACAUAUAGGAAAAACGGAAAAUAGACAUAGAAAGCACACGCCAGGGUUAUGAUAUUAAAUUGGGUAGGACCUAUCCUACCGGCAAUCUAACGGGUAGAGCGAUAGGGAUAAAAGAGAGAGAGAGAGAGAGAGAGAGAGAGAGAGAGAAGAAAAAAGAGCAGAAAAUAGGAAGAAAAACGGUGGAAAUUGGAAACAAAUGGAAAAUGAAGUAUUAUGCUUAUGAGAUAUUUUCGUUCGGCUUGCACACUAGAGCAUCUGUUUGUUUUGUGCGUCCUUGUUGGUUUAGUUUGGCUUUUUUAUUCGUUUUCCUUUAAUUCUUCCCUCUUAUUUUUGCGUAUUAUAUUUUCUUCUUUUUACAUUUGCUUCUGCUUUGCUUAUGAUGUGUAUCUUUCCCUUCCCCCUCCACUCACUCACUUUAUUUUCCAUCCUUUUUACAUCCUUCCAUCAACAAAAACAAAAACACAGCGCUCUUUUGGCUGUUGUUAUUUUCGCUCUACAAGCCGCUCCGGCCAGGUAAACCGAGGAGGGAGAGCACCGACGACAAACACGUGGCGUAUGAGAAGUUGGCCGUCCGGUGGGGAAGGUUUUGUUCGCUUUCCUCAUUUUACUUUUUUUUACAAAAACACACACACACAGCGCAAGACACAGUCGACUGCAUUCGCAAAUCACUACCACGCCGGGUGGCAUCCGUUGGCCGACCGAGAGCGAGCGGCGAAUGACGCGCAGAAGCAAAAGGAGUGGUGCGGGUGGAGGUGGUGGGGCGAGUUUAAAACAAUUAUACAAAACAAAAAGCAAUGCAAAACAAAAAAAAAUUAUGCAAACACACACACACACACAUACACGUUAAACAAAAUAUCAAAAUAAUAGGUGAAUAUAAUGGGUGUAAGUAAAAACGUGUGAAAUGAAUUCAGAUAAAAAAACCAGAAAAGUAAAGUAAGCAAAUGAAGCGGAGAAAGAUGAGAAACCCGAGAGAAAGAAAGGGAACGGGGGAAAAAAAUGCACGUGAUAUUGAAAGCAAAAAUCGGUUACGAACGUAGGCGGGUCUAAACACGCGGGAUGAUUGAAAGGAUUACUUGUAUACACUCACACAAACACACAAACACACACACACACAUGCAAGUGGUUUCCAUGAUGUAAAUAGAUUUAUCGCAAAAACAAAAAAAAAACAAAAAAAAACAGCAACGCCCUAACCUCUCUUCCUUAGCGCGGGCAAUCGGUGCGCGAAAUGGUGGGCAAACAAAAAUGGCGGUGAAUGUGUAACCUAAACUAUAGCAAUCCCAGAUAUACGUGAUGCGCGAUUUCGUCCGAAUUCAAGCGGAAAUGAUUGAACACUAUACAUAUACAUAUACAUAAAGAUAGGCAAGCUCCUGGGAGGGUGCGUGUGCGUUAGGUGGAAGAAGUCAUGUUAAACGGCUGCGCAGGCGAGCGCGGUUCAAGUUUGUUUUGGUUUUUUUUUUUUUUUAAUAUUAGUAGAACAUCAUCAACAACAACUCAUUAGCAGAGAACGAAUCACACGAAGACAUUAUUUAACCAAGCAGCUAGCGGAUCGAAGGCGUGUGUAAAUGCGGCAAGCACCACGUGGUUAGCAGGCGAUCGAAAUUGUUGCAAAACGAAAGGAGGGGGCAACUGAAAUUGAGGCUUGAGAGCGAGAGGAGAGCGACAAGCAGAGGAGUAACUUGUAGUGCAACUACCCUUACUACCUACUACCUACUACUACUACACGUAAUACACUACCAACCCUACUACUAUCUACUACCGCGCUCCCACGCUCGUCCUUCCCCCUCUUUCCCGGGUGGAUCCGCUACCCUUGGAAGCGACUCUCUAUAGACGGGAAAAUGUACGGCGUGCGGGAACGUUUAGCAGAAGUAAAACAUGAAAAUAAGAAAGUGUGAAGAAGGAGAGAAAGAGAGAGAGAGAUGAAAGAGGGAGUGUGGAAAUAAUAGGAAAGCGAAUUGAUGAUUAGUAACCAUGAUUAUUACGGAUUACGAUUAUUAUUACUACUAGUGAAACAAAAACAUCAACAAAA